GCGGCUCUAGUGGAGCUGCUGAGCAGCCGCCGUCUGGCAUGAAGGCCUGGGAUCUGGCUGCUGCUUGCUCCUCGCUCCAGCGCCAUGGAAUGCCUGCGGAGCUUGCCCUGGCUUCUGCCCCGCACGACGAGACUUCCCCGGCGGACUGUGUGUGCUCUGGCCUUGGACCUGACUUCUGCGGCGUGUCCCGUUGCUGCCGGCGGCCGCGCUGCCGACCUACUCGGGAGGAGCCCGGCUGUGCCCCUGUGCGGGCCCCACCGGCUCCGUGUGGCAGGUGAAAUACACCGGUUUAGAACUAAUGAUGUCUCUCAAGCCACUUUAGCCAGUGUAUCCCCAGUAUUUACUGUGACAAAAUUUGACAAAAAGGGAAAUGUUACUUCUUUUGAAAGGAAGAAAACUGAGUUAUACCAAGAGUUAGGUCUUCAAGCCAGAGAUUUAAGAUUUCAGCAUGUAAUGAGUAUCACGACCAGAAACAAUAGGAUUAUCGUGAGAAUGGAGUAUUUGAAAGCUGUGAUAACUCCAGAGUGUCUUCUGAUACUAGAUUAUCGUAAUUUAAACUUAGAGCAAUGGCUGUUCCGGGAACUCCCUUCACAGUUGUCUGGAGAGGGUCAACUUGUCACAUACCCUUUACCUUUUGAGUUUAGAGCUAUAGAAGCACUCCUGCAAUAUUGGAUCAGCACCCUUCAGGGGAAACUUAGCACUUUGCAGCCACUGAUCCUUGAGACACUGGAAGCUUUAGUGGAUCCCAAACACUCUUCUGUAGACAGAAGCAAACUGCACAUCUUACUGCAAAAUGGCAAAAGUUUAUCAGAGUUAGAAACAGAUAUUAAAAUUUUCAAAGAGUCAAUUUUGGAGAUCUUGGAUGAAGAAGAGUUACUAGAAGAGCUCUGUCUGUCAAAAUGGAGUGACCCACAAGUCUUUGAAAAGAGCAGUACUGGGAUUGACCAUGCAGAAGAGAUGGAGUUGCUGUUGGAAAACUACUACCGAUUGGCCGAAGAUCUUUCCAAUGCAGCUCGGGAGCUUAGGGUACUGAUUGAUGAUUCACAAAGUAUUAUUUUCAUCAAUCUGGACAGCCACCGUAAUGUUAUGAUGAGGUUGAACCUACAGCUGACCAUGGGAACCUUUUCUCUUUCACUCUUUGGACUAAUGGGAGUUGCUUUUGGAAUGAAUUUGGAAUCUUCUCUUGAAGAGGACCACAGAGUGUUUUGGCUGAUUACAGGAAUUAUGUUCAUGGGAAGUGGACUCAUCUGGAGACGCUUGCUUUCAUUCCUUGGGCGACAGCUAGCUCCGUGGCCUCCCGUGAUGGCCUCUUUACCUAAAAAGACCCUUCUGGGAGAUAGAAGCAUGGAAUUAAAAAACAGCCUUAGACCAGAUGGACUUGGAUCAAGCAGAAGUAUCCUAACAAGCCGUUAGCAACGACCCAGUGGAUACUGAAGAUUUUUUAUGUAUGGUUAUGAGAAGCCACUGGAGGGAAGCUGGAGAACAGAAUGGCAUGAAACUAAGUGGGCUAGACCUGGAGCACAGAGCAGCCUCUGCACAGCGCACGGUGGGUCAGGAAUGUGCCCUGUGAUUUGGUUGGUGGAAUGUAAAUAUAUAGCACUGCUGAGCUUUAUGAAUCUCUGAUGAUUUUCAAGACUAUCUUUGAUAAUACUUUGACACACCUCAGAAUAUUCUGCUAUUUUUGGUCUUCUGUUAUCACUGCAAUAAAGGUAAUAAAUACUCCUUAACUGUAAUGUAUGAAGAAUUAGAAUCCCAGAAGGCAAAAUUUGAUAGCUAAGAUCAGGCAUAGGAUAGAACUGUGGUCAUUUUUUCUUGUUACUUAGUUUAUAAACUUGGGUAAAAUAAUUUUUUUGGUGAAUCAUGUCUAUUAAUAAAGGGAAAAUGAUGUAA